GCAGACGCCAUAUUGUUUCCGUGGGCGUGGUUUACUUCUGUACACGUACCCUCCGUCUGUCAGUUUUCCAGACUCAGUCCAUUUCGUACCUUCGGGAAACCAACAGCCGGCUUCAGAUGGUAAUCGACGGGCUCUGCGACUUAUGGACCUCGUGGGGUCUGUUAGGGGUUUUGGUGGCAGCGGGCUGCUGUCUCCUGGUCGCCUGGAUCAUGCGGCGACCCCCAAACUUCCCCCCAGGUCCACGGGGCUGGCCGCUGUUUGGCGUGUCAAAGGCAGGCCAGUUAGCCGUCACCGAGUGGAUCCCGAAGUACGGAGACAUCAUCGGCUACUACCGCGGGCCGGUUCGGGUGGUCUCGCUCGGCAGUUACGAUGUGAUCCGGGAGGCCUUCGUCAAGAACGCUGAACAUUUCUCCAGCAGACCCAGACCCUUGAACCCAACCUUGGCAACUUACAAGACUAAAGGCGUCGUGCAAGAACCGUACGGCACCACAUGGAAGGAGCACCGUAAGUUCACCUUGAUGAGUCUGCGAGAUUUCGGCGUCGGAAAGCGGAGUUUGGAAGGGAAAAUUCUUGAAGAAACGAGGGCUCUCAGUGACGAAAUAUUGAAGAAAGAAAACCAAGGCUUUUGCAUCUCAAACAUGAUGCAAGUUACCGUUUCAAACGUGAUCUGCUCAAUCGUGUUUGGCUCUCGCUACGAGUACGACGACCCGAAAUUCAUACGACUGAUAGAAGCUAUCGACCACUUUUUCUCGAUCCCGAGAAGUGGUAGCGCUUUGCUACCGUCAUUAAUCCCCAUUCUUCGCUACAUUCCUGCAGUAAAUCGAAAUUUCUUAAAGUUACGUGAAGUCGAGGCGUACAUCGGCACUCACAUCCUGGAGCAGAUCCAAGAACACGAGGCGACCUUUGACCCGAACGACAUCCGGGACCUCAUCGACGCCUUUCUCCUGGAGAAACGACGGAGACAAGAAGACGAGAACACGACAUUUACGGAACAGCAGAACAUUUUGGUUGUGAUGGACCUAUUCCUGGCCGGUACGGAGACCACGUCCACCACACUCCGCUGGGCCCUGCUCUACAUGAUUCUCCAUCCGGACAUGCAGGAGAAAGUGCAGCAGGAGAUAGACAGCGUCAUCGGGCAGAGCCAGGACCCUUCAAUGGCGCAUCGCACUCAAAUGCCGUACACGGAGGCGACCCUUACCGAGGUGAGCCGGCUGGCAAGCAUCGCUCCCCUCUCCGUGCCGCACGCCGCAAGCAACGACGUCACAUUCCGGGGCUACCACAUUCCUAAGGGCACCGUUGUACAGGCUAACCUGUGGGCGGUGCACCACGACCCCCAGCUCUGGCCGGACCCGCACCGCUUCGACCCCGCCCGUUUCCUUGACGACGCCGGGAAGUUCGUGAAGAGAGACGAAGUCAUUCCGUUCUCGAUCGGUCGUCGCGUUUGCCUUGGAGAGCAGCUGGCCAGGAUGGAGCUCUUCCUGUUCUUCACCUCCCUGCUGCAGCGCUUUAGCUUCAAACUGCCAGAGGGCGCACCAGUACCGUCUGAAGAAGGGGUGUUCGGAGCCACGCAUUCUCCCGUGCCGUUCAAACUUGUGGCGGUAGCGAGGGACUAGCUGCUAUGCGUUUACCCUAGCUAGGGUAGACUACCAAACGAUCAAUUUUCCUACUUUUUUCUAUCAUGGUGUUCAAGUUUUCAUAAUCAGUUUAUUUGGUCUUAGUUACAACUGUUGGUUCAUAAGUACUUAAUAACGUUAAAUUAACAUAUUUAAACCCUUGAAACCAUUGAAACCUUUACAAAACUGCAGAGAUGUGACUGUACACUAGCGCCCCUGCCGAUUAUUUCAUGUACUGCAGGCUAUACAGCAGGUGGAUAGAAGGGAGCGUGCAUUGCGGAGUGGGGAACGACCUGUGUUGUUAUCAAACGUUAGACGUAUCCCCUUACGUUACUUACUGUCUCACGAAUGCCCCACUUAAAUAGUCCAUUCUACCGACAGCAUGCCCUGUGUCAUGUGUGUAGGUAAAGCCGCGCCGUUGUUAGCGGUUGAGUACGCCCUAAAAAGGGCGGCACACUACACAACAGUUUACAUGUACACUCGCUCUCUCACGUUUCACCUUAACACUCGGGCCUCUCAGUUUCCACAUCCGACCUUCUUGUAAACACAGCGAACGUGAGGAGCUAUUAUACUGCGCGGAUGUGGGACGAGGGGGAUUUUUGGUCUGCGGGAUUUUGUUGCGGUUAAUUAGUUUAGUUUCAGCGAUACUUUUGGUCACCAGUGUAAUGUAAGUGAUCAUGAUACAACAAUUGUCUUCAGUUCCCAUCCCACUUUGAUGUGCCCUACAGCCUUGCGUUCAUGUGGGUACAUGUGAACUUAGGCUAAGGUUUUCAAAGGGAUCAGGCUAUAGAAAUAGUUUUGAUAUUUUUAUACUGGUACCCAGGUAUUUUUCUGUAUAUUGAGUCUGACGAAUGCCCUGUAAAGGCUUAAAAAGAACACUGUAGUACUGAACGACCUGUCUCAAAAUUGUAAACAGCGUGCAUAGUGAUCAUGCCAGAUAGUUUUUAUUGCCAGAAACUUUGCAUUGUUGCUUUAGGCUUAGGUUAGUACCCAGGCCGUCUCCACAUGAAAUAUAACUCAAUAUAACUCACAACUAUUACUGUUUGUAUAACCUACCCAAAACUUUGCAUAGUUAUUUGUAGUCUU